CUAAAUGUCUCACUCACUCCCAACACGAGCUCAGUGCCCUUUAACUGUCGAAUUGGAAGCUGACUUCACCGUGGCAAAGCGUCGCCGUCAUUGUUUUGGUCCCUGAGAGAAGAGGAGAAGAGAGAAGACAGGCGCCUUGUAGUUUUAUUAAACAGAUCAGUCAUCAUGACAACCAAGCGUGGACUGAUAACGGACUCAUUCAGGGUGGUAAAGAGAGCAAGGAGGGCGAGCAAUCGAGUGAAGAGAGCCAUUUCUCCCCCACCACAGAAAGAGGCUGACACUCUAACAGUCAGAGAUAAGGAGCUGCAGAAGCUCAGACAGUUUGAUCUGGACUCGAAGUUUGGGCCCUGCACAGGUAUCGGCAGGCUGCAGAGAUGGGAGAGAGCAAAGUUCCAUGGUCUGAAUCCACCUGAGGAGAUCAGAGACCUGCUGCUGCAGACACACACUGACCCCGAAUAUUACCAGAGCCUAUGGAGUGAAUAUCCUUUGUAAGGAAGUCAUCCAGAGGAAAGAACACACUCUCCAACAAAAGUGAAAUCAAGUUUGUUUCUAUGUAAAAAACAAUGUAAUCAUAGUGUCAGAGGGCUUUGCACUAUGUACAGCACUGACCCUGUUUAAAAAUCCAGAAAAAGAAAAAGAGAGUGAAAACCCUGGCAACAGAAGAUGGUCCUUCUUUCAGCAUAGAGUUCGAAGAAUGACUGGAUGUGUUUUUAUUUUUUUAUUUUUUGCAGUUAAAAAUGUUGUCUUCUAACCACUAACUCUUUCUUUACAUUUUAACUAAAAUCUACCGGAACGCUG